ACGUGUUGAGCUGUUAAAUGAUAGAUCUAUCUUAUGCUUCGUCUAUGGUAGUUUAAGUAUCGAGUACAAAAGUAGUAUACAAAACCAGUAUUCGCGAGUGAUUUAUAUCAAAAUACAAUAAUUAUUAUUAUAAAUCAUUAACAAUGCGUAAUAUUGAAAUAAAAGCAAAAAUUGAUGAUCCAGACCUUAAGAUUUCUCGAGUUGUACAAUUAACAAAGCAGAACAGUAUCGUGAAAGUCAUGAAACAGUAUGAUACUUUUUUUAAAGUCAAGGAAGGAGGAAGAUUAAAAUUACGAAAAUUCCAAGAUGAUUCAGGAGAAUUAAUUUACUACAGAAGAUCUAAUAAGUUUGGUCCAAAGCUUUGCGAUUAUGAAAAAGUAACCCUAAACAAAUCUGCUUGUAGUCAUGUCGGAAAUAUUUUAAGUGCAUCAAAUGGUCGUCUAGGCAUUGUAAAAAAGACUAGAAAAUUGUAUAUGAUUGGUCAAACUCGUGUACAUAUUGAUGAUGUUGAAGGUUUAGGAACUUUUUUGGAAUUAGAGGUAGUCUUGACUGAUGAACAGGAUAUAGAAAGUGGUGAGAAGAUUGCUCAGGACUUAAUGUCUAAAUUAGGUAUAAAACAUGAAGAUUUGAUAGCAAAUGCCUAUAUAGACCUACUACUUAAUGAAUCUACUAAUGAAUCUCCUAAUGAAUCUACUAAUGAAUCCAAGUUGUAAUAAAAUUAUAUUUUUUACACAUUAAUGUUUUUGUUAUAUUUUGUAUGAUUAUUAAAAAAAUGUAUAACACAAA